UUUGAAGUGGAUGGGAGCCACCGGCUUGAUGAGCACGUUAGGGAUCUGCUGGCCUGCUGCCUCCACCCUUCCUUCUCUCAUUCUUUCUCUCUCUUCUUAAUUGCUCUCCUGUUCUGUCUCUCACUGUUACUCCAUCAAGCUCCAGAGAGUUCUAUAACCCCUUUAAUUACCCCUUAACCUCGUCCCAUUCAGCCUCCCAUUUUGUUCAAGCCCUCCUCCACUAUUUAAAGUCUUCGCCAGCAUCUUUGCCUUCCCCAGUCUCUGGACCAGGUCACCACUGCAUGGCAUACUUAACAUUCGCUUCAGCAGGAGAACCGAAGUUGUGGAUAUGUCAAUUGCUAAGACAGCUGCGCAGGCUGUGCUGUCUGAUGCACUGCUUCAGAACAACAAUGUAGACAACCGCAUUCGUCACCUGGAGCUGGAGCUGCCCUUAGACAAAGUCAUCAAAUUUGUGUCUGUGGGACUUCCUCUAAUGCUGGUGUCUUUGGCAUUUGCUCGAGAGAUCUCAGUUGGUUCACAGGUUAGCUGUUUUCCUCCCAGCAACUUCACAGUGAAGCAGGCUGCGUACGUAGACACGUAUUGCUGGGAUUCACUGAUGCACCAUGAGUUUGAUGAGAAUGGAAACUCUGAGGAACGUUCACUGUGGGUUCAUAAGAUGUUCCCCUACUCCCUGCUUAUCAUGGCAAUGAUGAUGUACCUUCCAGCGCUGAUCUGGAAGUUCCUGGCUAUGCCAACUCUGGGCGCUGAUCUGCUCUUUAUAAUUGAUGAGCUGGACAAGUCUUACAACCGCUCAGUGCGCUUGGCUCAGAGCAUCGUGGAGCUUAAACAGAAUACAGACCCAUAUGAAUUUCAGGCAGAGUUGCAGAGAGCCAAGAGGAAACGUUACUUUGAGUACCCCCUGCUGGAGAGAUACAUGCAGUUCAAGCAUGGCUCCUACUUCCUGGUCAGCAUGCUGUUCCUGCGUGGCUUCCUCUUGCUUACUUUCAUGUCAGCUUCUUGCCUCUACCUGGUAUACUUCCACCUCUCAGCCUUUCUGCAGGAUGAGUUCAGCUGCUUUAUGCGUACCGGGAUCCUCCAAGACCAGGGCUGGGUUCCCACGCUGGUGCAGUGCAAGAUCAGUGGCCUGAUGGUGUUCCAGGUCAUUAGCAUAGCUAACGGUGCCAUCUAUGUGCUGCUUGGUCCCAUUGUCCUGUUUAGCCUGCUGCGCCUCUUCUGCUGGGACACCAGCUUCCUCUCACUCUAUGAGGUGCUUCCUGCUCUGGGGCUGAUCAGUGGUCAGAAGCUAGGCUGCCCGUUGAACGACUUGAACGUGCUUCUUCUCUUCCUACGCGCUAAUGUGGCACAGCUUCAUUCAUAUGGUCGACUCAAGGCCUUGUGCUCGCUAGCACCGCCUCAUUUGCACAGGGGUAAGGGCAUGCUGACAGAGGAGCAGCUCGAGGAAGCUGCUGAAGCAGCUGAGGAGCUUGAGGAGGAGAUACAGGAGGCGAGAGAGGAAGGCAAACACAAUCUAGUGGACAUCAUGACCAUGCUCGGGGCAGCCAGAGGGAAUGUGGUGAAUUGCCCUGAGCAGCGCCCUCUGGUGGAGGAGAACAUGACACUCGAACCUAACCACCAGGGCUACCAUGAACUGGAGGAGUCCACAUCAUGUUGUUUUGGCUAAACCUUCCACUAAUGGACUGAUCCAUCGCUGUGAAGGACACAUUUUGAUGAUAGACUAAUCACAUACCCUCUAGAAAUAGGUCUAAAGCAGAUUGAUUAAUGAAGCUCUUUUAUUGGCAGUUCCUUUAUCGGAUCAGGAUCGAGUACAUUGCUGGUCUGUCAGGCAGAUGCUUGUACACCAAAGUGCUUCAGGAAUAUCCAGGAAGCCUUCGAAAAGCCUCCAUUAGAAUUCACUAUGUGACGUUUGUAUUGAUUUUUUUUUAUAUAUAUAUACUUUCAUUGUUUCUGCAUCUGUCAUUUUCUUUGUUUGUGACAUAUUGUAGCAUUUUGUUUGUGACUACAGCUGUAAAUGCACACCUAUCAGACAUAACAUUCUGAGCAGCGACAGGUGAAGUGAAUAACACUGAUUGGGAUAUAUUAGGCAGCAAGUGAACAUUUUGUCCUCAAAGUUGAUGUUGAAAAUGGACAAGUGUAAGGAUUUGAGUGAGUUUGAUGAAGGGCCAAGACCACUGGAUCAGAGCAUCUCCAAAACUGCAGCUCUUGUGGGGUGUUCCUGGUCUGCAGUGGUCAGUAUCUAUCAAAAGUGGUCCAAGGAAGAAACAGUGGUGAACCGGCAACAGGGUCAUGGGUGGUCAAGGCUCAUUGAUGCAUGUGGGGAGCGAAGGCUGGUCCGUGUGAUCCGAUCCAACAGAUGAGCUACUGUUGCUCAGAUUGCUGAAGAAGGUAAUGCUGGUUCUGAUAGAAAGGUGUCAGAAUACACAGUGUAUGACAGUUGUAGUCAUAAUGUUAUGCCUGUUCUGUGUACAUUUACUGUACAAGUUUACUGUAUAUUAUUUGUAACUGAUUUAUAAAUUUAUAUAUAUAUAUAUAUAUAUUCUACUUGAUUUUACAUCCAAACAGUGUAUAUAUUUCUUUCUUUCUCUCUUAUAUUUUUAUUUUCAUUAGCAACU